CAAUUGGAAGCAAAAUAGAACCAGAGGCAGAGACAUCCUGCCAACAAACCUUUCAGUGACGUCAUCAGGGAGCGACCCGGAAGCGCCUCCACGUGUGUCACUGGAGACAGAUGCUGCAGAAAUCGCAUCGCUGAGAAGUUUUAGCAUCCCUUAUCAUUGUAUUAAAGGUACUGGACGUGUUCACAGAUCAUACGGCAUGAGUUUUGUGGAAUACAGAGAGCAAAUACAAGAUGGUGACACAGCCAUUAUCUUUCUGGGACAUGACUCCAUGUUCCCGGUGACUAUCAAACAAGGAAGCCAGACUCAGACUAAAUAUGGGGUCAUCAGGCACUCCACCGACCUUAUUGGGAAGAACUAUGGCUCCAAGGUGACCUGCAGCAAAGGAGGAUGGGUAUACGUUCUGUAUCCAACCCCGGAGCUCUGGACAACGAACCUGCCUCAUCGAACUCAAAUCCUUUAUUCUACGGACAUCUCGAUGAUCACCAUGAUGCUGGAGCUGAAGCCGGGCUCUGUGGUCUGUGAGUCAGGUACUGGAAGUGGCUCUCUUUCCCACGCCAUCAUACGGACAGUGGCACCGACAGGUCACUUGUACACUGUGGAGUUCCACCAGCAGAGAGCUGAGAAGGCCGUUGAGGAGUUCCAACAGCACAAAGUGGAUCAUCUGGUAACUGUGAAGAAUCAGGAUGUGUGUAAGAAUGGCUUUGGAGUAUCUCAUAUUGCAGAUGCCGUGUUCCUGGAUAUACCAUCGCCCUGGGAGGCCAUCGGUCAUGCAAAGGAUGCUUUGAAGAUUGAAGGUGGUAGAGUGUGUUCCUUCUCACCAUGCAUAGAGCAAGUCCAGAGAACCUGUCUAGCCCUGGAGGAACAUGGCUUCACCGAGAUCAACACCCUGGAGAUCCUCCUGCGUGUUUACGACGUCAGGUGUAUCAGUCUGCCGGUCCCAGAUUUCGGGACACCUGCAGAGGAGAAAGGAGAAAGUUCAGUUGCCGAUAAAGCCAAACAGAUCCCCACUUCCCAGCCAGGCACAGUGCAGUUUAAAAGCGGAGUAUCGUCCAGAGAAAUGGUGGGUCACACUGGGUACCUGACCUUUGCCACCAAGAAUUUAUUUUAGGAUUUUUGCUUGGUAGUCGUGAGCCUUGUGCACCUCUGUGGGGAGAAAGCUCCAUAUAUAGCCAGACUCGGCUGAAGAAUGCAUUUAUGUAAACAGCACAUUCACACUGAAUGGCAGAGACUGAACCAGCAAAGUUACAGUGUGCAGCUCUGCCAAGAAAUGAACACAAAUCUCGCUGCAACCAUUUUUUUUUCCACUGUCUAUAAAUAAAAAAAUUACUUUUUUUUUUAUGUUGA